AUGAAUGGCCCGACGGGGGCGCCGGCACGUGCAAGGCAGCCUCAUCAGGCCGAUGCUCGGGCGGCACUGUCCGGACCAUUGGAAGAUUCGGCCUCCGGUAAGUAUGUCGCGCAACAUCUGGAUGACUUCGAAACUACCUUCCCUUUUGACUUUUGA